CAACAGUAUGAGAACAUACGGACUGAGUAUUUCACCGAGAAGUCAUGUCUUUUUGUUUUGCCAGCCUGGUCGUUCUUGUGCUUGUAUCACACGUACCUUCCUGUCGAUGUGAUACUACAAGUAACUGGUCCUGCAACAUUAUUCAUGAGGUAGAGCGUCUUCUUGUUAAGCUGCAAACCUACCAACUUCAAAAUGAACGCUUAUUGGAAAGGAACGAAUAUUUACAAAACCUACACGAAGAAUAUCUAGAGAAAGGUGAAGAAAGACUGGUGGCCCACAAGGAAAUCGUACAAGCCUUCGAAAUACAAAUCGCUCAGGAGAAGACGAAGCUGGAGGAAACUAUGGAACAGGCGAACUCUCUAAGACUAGAAAAUUUGGAGUUAAAGGAACGUAUUAGUAAGCUGAGCAAGCACAGUAGCUUACCUGGGCCUGACUUCAGCCCCAGUGUUGUCAGCCUACAACACGAAGACCAGUCUAAGGUGCAUGGAGAAAACCCAGAGCACGAAGAUCAGUCUGUGGUGAAAGGCGAAAGACCAGGGCAGAGAAAAGCGCUUGAGGUGAAUGAUAAAAGCCCACAGCACGAACAUCAGCCUGUCGAUGAAAUAGAACUAGUAACCGAACCGUCCAAUUAUAACACACUGCCAAAGGAACAGGACACGACAGAAACUGAUACUACACAGUCAGUCAGAGAAACCCAGCCAGAAAACCCAAAACUGCCCGAACAGGCGACACCGGACCCCACUGGAAAGAGCAAGAAAGAUGUAGAUGGAGUGGGUGAUGAUCAUAAAGGUGGUGAUGCUGGUGCAAAACAUCAAGAGAAAAUGGGAAAGCAAAGUGGAUCCGCGAACAAAGAUGUAGAUGUAGUGGGUGACGGUCAUAAAGGUGGUGAUGUUGAUGCAAGACAUCAAGAGAAAAUGGGAAAGCAAAGUGGAUCCGCGAACAAAGAUGUAGAUGUAGUGGGUGACGGUCAUAAAGGUGGUGAUGUUGGUGCAAGACAUCAGGAGAAAAUGGGAAAGCAAAGUGGAUCCGCGAACAAAGAGAAUACUUCAAUAGGACAAGGACAUGUCACUGAAUCUAAACCUGCUGCACAUUACUAUUCAUCCACUGAUGCAAGUGUCCAUGUGACAGACGAGGAAGAGCAGAUCCCACAGCACAAAUCCACCACACUACACACUGGCAAGCCACACAGUUUGAAUACAAUACUGUUAAAAGCUGCUGGAGGUUUAAAGGAAAGCAGUUCUAAAACGAACGAAACGCAGAAUAACGCACCUGCAAUUAAACAUGAACAUGGUCCAAAUCAAGCUGUAGAUGUUUCUAGUACAGCUCGACUACCCGACACGAAGGUAACUCCUAAAGCAACAUGAUUAAGCCUAUAUAUGAGACUUUCACAACUGGAGUACAACUUCAAAGUUCAAAGAAGUGUCAUUCUAAAAUACCAAUUUUGUCAGGUGUAACCAUUAAAUAAAUAAUAUAUUACAAUUA